AUGGGGGACGACGAGGAGACGCAGAAACUCAGCGAUGUUUAUGGGCUGAACUCCGACUCCGAGAACGAUAGCAGCGAUAACCCUUACAAUGUGGACUCGACUGUUGAAGGAUCAGUUCCUGUGAAAUACUUCACGCAUGAGCUGUCAGUCAGGGGAAGACUGAGAAAGUUUUUUAUUCGGAACUCGGCCACUCGGCUAGCAUGCACAUUCUUCGAUCUGGGCCUGAAGUUUAUGAUCUGCCUUAUCUAUGUGGUCAGGGUUGGACUGGACAAUGUGAAGGAUUAUGAAUGCCAUGGCAGACCCUGUCAUGUGGACAAUUCAACUGUCAGUGAGAGAGAUGCCAUGUAUAAUCAGAUGGAAAUCAACUGGUAUGUGUUGGUCUGGAUACAUAGAUCAAUGACUCUGUGGGUGAUGGAUGUGACCUUAUCCUUCAUCUCUCUGUCCAAGGCAUUUCUGAUGAUCUACAUUGCCACAAAGGGCCACAGAGUGGAUCAGCUUUUAACAAUUCAAUUUUUUCUGGAAAUCAUCUGCUCGGUUCCCAUGCUGAUCACAGUCACAUAUCCAACCAGGUUGAAUGCCCUGUGGGUUCCCACCUUUCUGAACUGCUGGUUAGCCAAAUAUUCUUUGGAGAAAAUUUAUAAUGAUCUUCAUCUGACAAGACAGAGAUUCCAAACGAUUUCUGUGACUUUACUUCAGCAGAUGGUUCUCCUUGUGGUUAACCUUGUAUGUCUGGUGUUCACAAAUAUAUGCUUCAUGCAACACCUUCAGCGAGCCAGUAAGAACUCCCCACUGAGCAUGUUUGAGGCCAUGUACUUUGUCAUUGUCACCUUCUCCACUGUUGGCUACGGAGACAUCUCCCCGGAUCUCUGGAUUAGUCAGCUGUUCAUGAUACUCAUGAUCUGUGUGGCUUUUGCUUCCAUCCCGAGACAGAUUGAAGGCUUGAUAUCCACAUACAUGGAGAGACAGAGAGCUGGUGGAGAGUACAGCCGAAGAUCUGCCCGUCGUAACAAGCACGUCAUUGUUUGUAGUAGCACGCUCACUCAGGACACCCUCAUGGACUUCCUCAAUGAGUUUUAUGCUCAUCCUAAAUUAGAGGAACACACUGUGAUCCUCCUGUGUUCUCAAGAGCUGGACAGCAGCAAGCAGGUGAUCCUGAAGGACCCCAAGUGGACUCACAGGGUCAUUUACAUGAAAGGAUCUUCACUAAAGGACAUUGACUUGAAGAGGAGCCGUGUGCAUCAGGCGGAUGCCUGCUUCUUUCUUGCACCUCGGCCCACCCAGGAUAAAGCCAAGGCCGACAGGCACACAGUGUUAAGAUCAUGGGCUGUCAAGGACUUUGCUCCAAACUGUAAGCAGUACAUUCAGCUGUUUUGUGCAGCCAACAAAAUACAUGUGAAAUUUGCUGAACAUGUGGUUUGUGAGGAUGAGUUCAAAUAUGCACUUCUGGCCAACAAUUGUCUGUAUCCUGGACUGUCCACGCUUGUGUCUCUGUUGGUUCACACGUCAACUGGACA